AUGGGGUUGCAAGCAAGGGAUCUUGUGGACAUAUUGAGGGACAAGGUUGCAAGCAAGGGAUCUUCCUCCAUGGGCUCUACAGUAUUGCCCAUGUUGUCAUCCUCUGACCAUGAGAGAGAUGCGACACUUUCUGAAAUGUGGAUACUACAUGACUGGAAGGACGAAGACUGUGUGAAGAUAUUGAAGCAAUGUCGAAAAGCACUCCCUUCCAAGAGCGGGAAGUUGAUUAUUGUGGACGUAGUUCUGCAUCUUAAGGAAGAUACCAGUGCCUUUGCUGACUCGAGGUUGGCAUUCGACAUGUUAAUGUUUGCAGUAACCUCAGGAGGCUUGGAGAGGACAGAGGAGGAGUGGAGGGCACUGUUGAGCAAGGGUGGUUUCAGCAACUGCAACAUCAAACCGCUUCCUACCCUCCAGUCAAUUAUCGAAGCUUACCCCGACCCAAAAGAGUAG